UCCCUGCAUUAAGGCAUGCAUCUGAUAAGAGAACAGGAUUACAGCGGAGCGUCGGCUGGAGACUAGAAUUCCCCCGCAGUCGUGCACAGCAGCGGCCGGUAUCAUCAUCCUCCUCCUCCUCCUCAUCAUCGUCAUCAUCCAGCCCGACAUCGUGUCUUCUCAUCCGCCAACCAUGUCUGUAGCGGGGCUGAAGAAGCAGUUCCACAAAGCCACUCAGAAAGUGAGUGAGAAGGUUGGAGGAGCCGAAGGCACCAAGCUAGAUGAGGACUUUAAAGAAAUGGAACGGAAAGUUGAUGUGACCAGCAGAGCGGUUAUGGAAAUAAUGACCAAGGCAAUAGAGUACCUUCAGCCCAAUCCAGCUUCCCGAGCCAAACUCAGUAUGAUUAAUACAAUGUCAAAGAUUCGGGGUCAAGAAAAGGGACCUGGGUACCCGCAAGCUGAAGCUUUGCUAGCAGAAGCAAUGUUCAAGUAUGGGAGAGAGAUUGGAGAUGAAUCUAAUUUUGGUCCAGCUCUUCUUGAUGCAGGAGAAGCUAUGAGAGAACUUUCUGACAUCAAAGACUCAUUAGACAUUGAGGUGAAGCAAAACUUCAUAGACCCUCUACAAAAUCUGCACGACAAAGAUUUAAAGGAAAUUCAGCACCACCUAAAAAAACUGGAGGGUAGACGCCUGGACUUUGAUUACAAAAAGAAAAGACAAGGCAAAAUCACCGAUGAUGAGAUUCGUCAGGCUCUUGAGAAGUUCGAUGAGUCCAAAGAAAUUGCUGAGUCCAGCAUGUUUAACCUAUUGGAGAUGGAUGUUGAACAAGUGAGCCAGCUCACAGCUCUCGUACAAGCACAGCUGGAGUAUCACAAGCAGGCAGUGCAGAUAUUACAACAAUUGUCCUCAAAACUGGAACAGAGGUCUGAACAAAACAACAAAAUACUCAGAGAUGCUGCAAUACAGCCACGGCGAGAAUACCAGCCCAAACCUCGUAUGAGCUUGGAACUUACAUUACCGAGUGAUCUCAAUCAGCAUAAUGGAGGAAUUUCUCUUGCUACAACUCCGAAACCAUCAGGUGCUCCAAUGGAUCAGCCAUGCUGUCGGGCCCUUUAUGACUUUGAUCCAGAAAAUGAAGGAGAACUUGGCUUCAAAGAGGGCGACAUCAUUACUCUCACCAAUCAGAUUGAUGAAAAUUGGUAUGAAGGGAUGCUGCAUGGCCAGUCAGGCUUCUUCCCCAUCAAUUAUGUUGACAUUCUGGUCCCACUGCCACACUAAGAUGUCUGGCAUUAACCAUAAUUCAGUUUGUACCACUGCUUUUAAAUGCUGCUUACUUCAGAUCACAAGUACAAGUGCAGUGGUUUAAAUCUGUUACAUUCCAUGUUCAUUUCAAUUUAAUUUGUCUUUCUUGUUUUUAUGUGUUCUUUCUUCUCUGAUGGUAUUCUAUUAUUGUAUUCUUUUAUCAGUCUUAGUGUCCUUUAUAAUGAAUGCAGGAAUAAAAAGUACCCUUUGUGGCAUCCUUCCUUCCACAAUACAGUGCACAACAGUCUUAACAUGCCCAAGCGAUAUAGUGUUAUUUUUUAUGCCAACUUUGCUUUACUCUAUGUUUCAGGAAAGAAAUGUUUACAGAGAUAAAACUGUGCUGGGAUUGUAACUAACAUGUCUUGGAUUUUUAUUAAAUAUAUUAUAGUAAAUGGUAUUCUCAUAUAUUGUCAAAAACAUGAUAUAAGGAAGAUCUCCUUUAUUAGUUCCAAUCAAGACAUUAGCCACAUGGAACCAAAGUGUGUUUUUUGUAAGUGUUAUAGAUUAUGUCGAUGUAAAAUGUUUUUUUUUUUUUUGCUUUUGUUUUUUUCAUGGUUCAUAUUCUAGAGGAUUCACCCCCUAACUUCAUACAAUGUUUGUUUUCAAAAGUCAUUAUAUAUACUAUGUAUCUAAAAUAAAAUAAAAAUACAACAAUCUAAUAGUUCUCUUUAUUUAGCAGAUUACUGAGUUUGCCAAAUAUAAAUCCUUUCGCCUUUAAAAAUUAUAAUAUUUUACAAUAUAUAAAAUUUGUAUGUUCGUUUAUUUUAUAGAGCCAAAAUGAUGCAUUUUCUAAGGUGGGAACAUUGAAUAGCAGCCAUAACAUUGUAAACUAAGGAUUAUUGCCCACUUUAAAGGGGUACUCCCGUGGAAAACUUUUUUUUUUUUUUU